AUGAACGGAGAUAAUACGUCUGAUGUUAUGCCUAGGCAGCUGAAUGAGCCAGAACCGCAAUAUAUGCAGCAACUGAACGUCGGAUCAUGUUUCAGCAUCAGUAAAGCAACAAUUCCUCAACACUUGAAAGAUGUGUUUAAGCAGAUGGUGGAACAUAUAGAGGAUCAAGAAGAGAAACAUGAAGUCACUACCAUGUUACAUAAGUAUUAUAAAAUCUUUGAUACAACAAAAUUAAAUAUUUCUAAUUUAAAAGUACCACCAAUGAUUAAUUCAGGUGACAAUCCACCGAUUAGUUCAAGGGCGUAUCGUACUGAUCAACACCGAGGACAACUUAUAUCCAGGACAGUUAACGAAAUGGUACAAGCUGGUCAAGUUAAACGAUCAUACUCAUCGUGGUCGUCUCCGGUGUUACUCGUUAAGAAAAAAGACGACACAUUUCGUUUCGUUAUUGAUUAUCGACGACUUAAUGAGAUUACGGCAAAAGAUUGUUACCCUCUGCCGGAUAUAAAGGAUACAUUAAAUCGUCUAAGUGGCAGCAAUUAUUUUUCAAAAUUUGAUUUAAAAACGGGGUAUCACCAGAUACAAAUGGAUGAAUCCGAUAAGAAAAAGGCAACGUUCGUUCUUCACGAUAGCAUAUAUGCACCACAGAUUAUGACGAUGGGCUUAAAAAAUGCUCCAUCGAGUUUUCAACGAAUCAUAUACCAAUUAAUUGUGAACACUCGAUGGGAUCACUCCCUUGUGUAUAUCGACGAUAUUAUAUUAUUCUCUCGAACAUUCAGGGAACAUAUUGAUCAUAUCGAAGAACUGUUUUUAUAUUAG